UUUGCAUUUGUUUACCGAGUUAAUACGAUGAACCAUUGUCGGGCUGCAUAAAUAAUGGGAUAUCUACUUCAACAACUUGUGAAUUUCUAACAUUUUGGUGGCCACGGUGGAUAGGUGAAAAUGGCCCAAAACACUGCGGUAAACGAUUUUCUGCCCAUCAUCAUUGAGAUGAUGCGGAAUCCGCCAGAUCCCAAUGAACCACUCCCGCUGGCAAACCAUCUCGAAGUUGCAGUCGGAGUGUCUGUCCCCUUCCUGUUACUUAGCCUCGUUGCAUUGUGCACUAGGCUCUAUACCCGGGUGAAAGUUAUCCGUCAGCCAGGCUGGGAUGACGCCUUCGUCACUCUUGCAGCCGUGUUCAACGUGGUCGCGCAGUCUACUUUUCUCGGAAGUAAGGUCUCUGACUGGCUGCAACAAUUACAGGACUUACAAUAUGUAUUAGGCCUAAAGAAUGGCAUCGGCCAGCAUCUGAUCUGGAUUCUCGACACACUACCCACGACAAUGAAGUGGUUCUACGUGGCAAAUGCCGCGUACACCACGACGACCGUUUGCAUCAAGCUUUCACUGCUUGCCCAAUAUCUUCGGCUCUGGAGUCAUGGGUAUCGUCGUCACGUCACGAUCAUACUCACGGUGGUUGUCGCUUUUUGGGGCAGCGCUUUCCAGUUCCUGGCAUGGUUUCCCUGCUUCCCCGUCAGAGGCUUUUGGGACAAACAAAUGGAUCCCCCGGCCAAAUGCUACGCCUUUGGAUACCGCACGAACACGGAAGCAAGAUCGACAAUGCUCGCUUUUGCCGGCUCCAACAUGUCUCUCGACUUCAUAAUCUUCCUCGUGCCACUCACUGAGUACUUUCGACCGAAUUUGAUGAGGAAGCAGUUUCUGGCACUUACUGGGCUGUUUGCUGUGGGAUUUCUCGUCGUAUUGAUGGCCAUUCUACGUCUUUGGAGUGGUCUCAAAUACAACAAUCGUGACGUUUUGAUGUACGACUACACAUACUGGCUACCUGGGGUCCUUAUCUUUUCAUGUCUGGAAGUUGACUUCGCCAUCAUGUGUGCCUCGAUACCAAUCUUCUGGCCUGCAGUCAAGGCUGCCUGGAGCCAGAUCACGGUCACGAAAGAAGUCAUAGUGAUUUCUGAGUCACGUUACGAAGAUGCACACUCAGAUGUCCUUGAGCUAGGCAUGGAAAGAACUGUGUCUCUGAAGAGUAACAAGAGCACCGAGGGCCUGGUGGCUAUUGGGAAUAUGGACAGAAAGUCUUCUUAUAUUGAUACUCAACCGGCAGAGUCGAAGAUGCUACAGAUACCUCCACUUGCGCAAACAACACGCAUGUCCUGGGGUGGCACUCCAUUGAACGGUUAGCUGUUUCUGCAAUACGAUCUUCAGGCUGCCCAGGGAUCCUCAGUUCGCAGUUUCCGUCGCCACUCAAUGUCUGUGUGUGUCUUCCUUCGAGCUCUUUUCUUCCAAAUCGUGUGA